AUGAUGACUCAGUCGAAAAUCCUGCGGUCUCGUCAGCGUCGUCGGACCAGAUGUCGUCUUUGGCUCCUUUUGUUAGUACUACUAGUGCUCGCUUCAAUCGUCGUUAUUGGUGGGAUACAACUGAACGUCAUUUGGUUGGAAUCCUCUGAAGACAAUUGGAAGGUGAUUGAUCUAGUUGGUUUGUCGACAUCCGAAUCGAUUGUGGAAGAAGGAAGAAAAGGAAGCAGUCGAGGUAAUACGCCAAAGAAGGAGACGAGACGGUAUGCCUAUGCCUUUUAUGCCACAACCUCCGCUUAUGCCUGCGGUGCCUUUGUGCAAGUGGCUCAGUUGAGAGAUCUAGGAACACCUGCCAGCAUUGAUUUCGUACUAUUAACUUACGGCGAAGCCUCAAACAAUCCCGGUAUUGCCGAACAAGCUUCCAAGAUGAAUGUCAUUAUCAAGAGAGUAGAACAUCUACCUAUUCUUGGAGUCACUGCUGCAGGCAAUGACAAACGGAGUGGUCGUCGUCCAAAGGAUCAAACAGCACACAAUACAUACUACACCAAUGUCAUGGUCAAACUGCGAGUCUUUGAUGAACUUUAUGAAUAUGAUCGUGUGGUAUAUAUGGACACGGAUAUGAUGGUCCGUCAAAAUUUGGACCAUCUCUUUCAAGAGAACAAUCUCGAAUUGGCGGCUGCCAAGGUGACCAAUCGCAAGAAUACGGAUCCACAACGAUUCUGUUCUUGUUUCAUGGUCUUUCAACCUUCCAUCCAACUGUGGAAUCGCAUCAGAAAAUACUAUGAGAAUAAAAAGCAGACCAGCAACUCUGCUGCGCCCAUUAUGUAUGAUAUGGACCUCUUGAAUCUCGAAUUUCGAUCGGAAGUUACGCUAUUGCCUGGAACCUAUGGAAUGUUGACCGCCAUUUGGGACAACAAUCACAAUUCUACGUCUACCGUGGCAGUAGAUGCGACAGUAGAUGAUGGUACUCGGAAAUGGUACCAACGAAUUCUACAGGGCCCGCCAGGCUCGACGCUACCGUCUCAAUCCAAUCCGGUCCAUGCCAAGUCGCGACAGGAGCUCUUUCAAGAAAGUCUGGUCUUGCACUUUACACCCAACAAACCCAUGGUAGAACGCAACAUGGCCAACAUUCAUCGUAGUCAACCACAUGCAGAUCCACAAUACUAUGCCACCUUUGAAAAAUGGUACUCGUUGGCAUCCUAUGUUUGUCCGUUUGAUGGUCAGCUGUCGAAUGUUCACAAAUACGACAAGCAUAGGUCGUCCAAGUUUGAACGAAGCAACCAGUAUAGUGACUAUUUCCAUUGA